AUGCCGGGGGAGGCGGUGACGCUGCAGCUCGGGCACUACUCGGGCUGUGUGGGCGCGCACUGGUGGGGGCUGCAGGCCGCCGCGCUGCGCGGCCCCACCGAGCCCGCCGAGCUCCGCGCGUCCGCGCUGCUCCGCCCCGGGCGGGGGCCCGGCGGCACCGAGACCCCCUCGCCGCGGCUCGUGGCGCUGGAGCUGAAAGGCGGCGUGGGCGCGCUGACACUCGACGGGGUGAGCGCGGAGGCUCCGGUGCCCUGGGACGGGGCCGUGGCCGAUUACCGGGACGCGCCGCGGGACAGCGGGAACCGGGACAGCGGGAACCGCGCGGGAGACGCUGCCUGUGACGGGAAGGGGGGUCCCGGCGCUGCGGUGCCAGGAGCAGCUCCCACAGGGUCCCAGGACCCCCCCUCGGUGAGGCUCUGGUCCGAUUACCUCAACGUGCCCCUGCACCCCCGGAGUGUCCACGUGAUCCGGCAGUACCUGCACGAUGGAGAUUGUGGUUGUCUGGAAGCCUUUGCACAAGGGGAAAGUCUCCUGCAGGAUCCCGCCUGCGUGGAGGAGCUGGAGGAUCGGCUGCACUUCUUUGUGGAGGAGUGUGAUUACCUGCAGGGGUUCCAGGUCCUCUGUGACCUCCACAACGGGUUCUCAGGGGUUGGUGCCAAGGUGACAGAGCUGCUCCACGACGAGUACUCAGGGAAGGGAAUCCUCUCCUGGGGCCUCACCCCGGCCACGAGUGACGUGGGGGAUCCCCAGAGCAGUUUUUACAGGCUGCUGAACACGGCCCUUGGCAUCGUCCACCUCUCCCAGCACAGCUCCCUCUUCUGCCCUCUGUCCCUCAGUGGGAGUUUGGGAAUCAGGCCACGGCCUCCUGUGACAUUUCCCUACAUAAAAUACGAUGCAUCCCUGAACUACCACAGCAGUGCAGUUCUGGCAGCAGCACUCGACACCCUCACGGUUCCCUACCGGCUCUGGUCGUCCCAGGGCUCCAUGGUGCACUUUGCUGACUCCCUCACCUUCUCUGGGAGGAAGGUUGUGGCUGCGUGGGCGUCUCUCCCCUUCCCUGCCUUUGCCGGCUCCUCGCUCCCAGAGAUUUUAAGUGCCCACCAGCAGGACGUGCCCUGGAAGCUCCUCCUGUCCUCCUGGAGGGAGCAAAAGGUCAGCUGCUGUUUUGCUCAGUCUGUUGUGCUCCGAGGAGUUUGCAAAGAAAGGCCCAGCAGCAGCUCCCUGGGACAGCAGCCCCGGACGCCCCUGCAGGGCUGUGAGAGCCCCGAGGAGAUGCUCCAGCACUACCUCCACACCCACUUCCCAGGCUCCUUCAGCACAGCCCACGUGCUCCAGCAGCCCUGCGACACCCGACCUCCCUUCCCCCAGUUCUUCUCUCCUCUCCUGACCAGACAAGGCUUCCUCCAGGACAAAGCUCUGGGUCACUCCUUGGCAGGGCCCAACAGAGCAGUGCAGAGCAUCCCCGUGCUGGCAGCCCUGCAGGCCUCCCCUGUCCUGCACCAGCUGCUCUCGGGCCUCUGGCGGGACCUGCGGGCGUGGAACGUGCGGCGCUGGAGCAGCUUCUUCACGGCCGGGCUGGAACACGACGACUUCCAGCAGGCCCUGGAGGAGCUGAAGACUCUGUCCCAGUGCUAUGAAAUGGGGUUUGGGGGGGAUGGCUCCGAGGAUGAGGCGGAUUCAGACUAACACACCUUUAUUCCCAGGGAUAGAGGCAGUGGGAGCCUCUUUAAGGUCACUUUGGGAAUAAAGGGAAUGGCUUUGGGGAUGGUCCAGCUGCUGCUUCCUUCUCAUUUCACCAAAAUCCCCUAACAAAGGCUGGCUUAAAUUCUCCAGCUACUCACAGCUGUGUUGUAGAGGAGGAAAGCUGCUUUUGGGGGGCUGUUUUUGUAUGUUUGGUUGGUUGGUUUUUUUUAUACCUGUGCAAAGUGGAUUUGCUCUGCCCCGUUCAAAUAAACCCACACAAUAAAUAAGAGAGCUCAGACUGUAA